CGCCUUCAGUCCACACCAGCACACGAAGGAGGCUCGUCGCCACUCCGUCAGUACGCGCCGAACUUUCACCUCCGCGAUAUCUUUAUCCGUGAUGAACUCACCAUCAUCUAGUGAAAUUGAAUGUGUUCGCUCUUAGAAAGCGUUUCUGUGACGGUACGCGGACGGACAACCGUCGGCGACGUCCAUUUCUGCAAAUUAAUUUCUUCAGUGCCCUCGGAUUCUACGAAACCGCUUAUAAAGAGUUUACCGAGAAAUAGCCGUAACGUGGAUUUGAGGAAAUAUAUAAUAAGUGGGCCUGUGUGUUUUCGUGUUGUUGUUACCUUAAGCCAGUUACAUUGGAUCCCAAUCGGCCAACAAGUCCUCCGAUGGUGGUAAAACUACCAGACUCAUGUGUAGCAGUAGGAGCUCCAUACAACUCCUGCUCAUGGUCAGCAGAGCUACGGUGUCCAAAAUGCAUGCACGGGUUUUGUGUGACGGUGACUCCGGGCGCCAAGUCCGUGCAGGCGCCACACUGGUGCAUGCGCGCGCCCAGUACGCCACCAUGCACAAUACGGCAGAGUUACUGGCCGCCCCCACUUAACACAGCGCCCUCGCCGCCUGUGUCCCCCCUCACUGUCAGUGACGUAGUCAGGCGGCUCUCAGAAACUCUCCAGGUCCUACGGUUAUCAGGCUGGUACUACGGAAAUUUGGAGUUGCAGGCUGCACAAACACUUUUAAAGGAUGCCAGUGUUGGUGCCUUCAUUAUUCGAGAUUCAGGAGAUAGGAAAUUCAUCUUCUCACUAUCAGUACAAACAGAGCGAGGACCCACCUCUGUUAGGUUACACUUUGAAGAUGGAUAUUUUAGGUUAGAUUGCGACAGCGUGCUAGCCAGGUAUAUGCCGCGGUUUAAGUGUGUGAUCGAGUUGAUUCAGCACUACACGCGACUGGGGCAGCGCGGUGCCGCGGGUACCAUGUGGGUGGACCAGGAAGGCUGCCCACACUCUCCCGUGCUCCUCACCACGCCCCUAAGAAAAAGUCCACCAUCGCUGCUACAUUCAGCGCGAUUAGCUGUCCACAAAGCUCUAGACUCGAAUCCUUUAACGCCAAAAAUCCUUUGCGCCCCCAAAUAUAGGCGUCUACCACUACCAUCUGCACUCUUAGAUUACCUCGGCGAGUACCCUUACUCGAUCUAACCUUGGAUUAUUAUUUGUUAUUUAUUAUUUAGUUAAUUUGCAUCUGCCGAUGCCUAGUGAAUAUGUUAGUUAGCAAGAUUAUCAAACUUCAUUUGAAGAUUCCUACAUCAUUGGCAACAUACAGGCAUAUUAACUUAGUUUAGAAACAUUUUUACAGACAUGGAAUUGCAUGAUGUAUGUUAAAAAACGUUUUGCGUAAUUUUAACAUAUAUAAUGUAAUUUCAUAUUUCUGAUGGUAUCAUAAUAUUAUAUGUUUUGUACAAACGAGAACAUUGUAUUUAAACUAGCACAGGCUGCUAGAAGAAAAGGGCCGGCACCUUUUCAAUUAGUUUGUAAAUGUAAAGGAGAAUAUUAAUUUAUUAUAGCUAAAUUAAAAUUGUAUUAAUGUAAGUAUUGAAUAUGGGACUCAACUAUGGUAUUUAGUGAAAAGAAAAAACGGAUAACUUUCAUUACGUCAUUCUGUGUCUGUAUAUAAGUUGGAGUAAAUAACGCAAGACUGAUUUACCAUGCGUCUUAUGUAAAUACAUAUUUCAAUUUCGUUUUCUUUUCCUCAAUAACAAACCUUGCUUGUAUUUUUAUUAAUAAAUUGUUCACUAAUGCCUAAUCUUGUCCAUUGCCUAAAACAUCACACAUUAUUGUAAUAGAAGAUAUAUUUUUAUUUAUUUAUUUAUCAGCUAAGGAUUAGGAUUAUUAUGAAAAUUUCUUUGUUCCUAUGCAGCCGAAAGUGCAACAGAAUCUUUGUUCAGUUCAAUUUCUCCCAAGAGUGGUUAGUUUUAAAUAAUAAAAAGAAGUGCCAUCAAAACAUAAGCAACCAUAAUAUUAGUGACUUUGAAUAUGCAAUGAUAGUAUUUUGAGGCUGAACAUGUAAAUAUUUCUUGUUUUUGUUUUUUUAUUUAUUUCCUAAUAGUAAUUUAAUUAGUAUAUGAAAAUUAUAAUUAUUGUCACUAGUAACGCCAUGUAAUGGUUGUUUGGUUAGUAUGAUAAAUAGAGGUGGGUUUGGCUAGUGAUGUCCACUAAGGUAGGGUGUACUGUGUACCUUGAAUAAUCUCAAUUAGAAUAAUUCUUUCUACCAUGUGUGUACAGAUAUUUUUAUAAUAAUUUCUGCUGAUGUCAUUGUAUAAUGAAGCACUAAACGGAAAUCGGCUUCAAUAUGGUUUUGCACUUUUUCUAUAUCUCCCUCUCAUAAUAUUUUAUAAGAUGGUUUAAAUCAUUUAUUGUUAAAAACUUAUUUUAUACCAUUUUGUAAGGUAAAAGCACCAACUUAAAAUAAGUGUGACAUAAUAGAAAAUUUGUUUAUGUUUGUAGAUUAAAUGUAUAAAAAAGAACUGCAAAUAAUUUAUAUACAAAAAUAUACAUUCUG